AUGAGCGACAGAGAAGGACAAGUUGGUGAAUCUAAUGAACUGACAGUUCUGGACUACCUUAACGAGGAUUGCUGGCGCGCGGUACUGGACUAUGUGCCUGUCAAGGAUGUCAUAUGCUCCGAGCGAGUCAGUAGCCACUGGCAGAGGAUUGUGCUGCUCUACUUGUCACAUAUUCGUUUUCUUAUAACAUAUAAGGAUCACUAUCAAUGCGUCGGUGUCGCGAUGGAAAUUCCAAAUGUCACUUCUUUUGAGGUGGAUAUAGAUGACUGGCCGUCAUUUCUUAGCUGGACUAACAAACUUGGGUCUUCGGUUGUAGGCAUUCAUUGCACUUGUUUGGAAACUUUGGAAACCAUUAGUGAAAAUUGUCCAAAAUUAGAAGGUUUGGGGUUAUUUUACCCUUUAACAGAAAAGAUAUUAACAGGCGAUGAGAUUAAAGACUUCAAGUUCUUGCGAAAGCUUGGUUUCACAUUUAUUAACAUGUCGGACCAAUAUUUAAGCAAAUUCAUUAACUGCACUGUUUUAGAGGAACUCUACAUAGGUAACAAUGAAGUAAUGACUGGUGAAUGUCUAGAUAAUAUACGAUUGAGGGACCUAAAAUCCCUUAUACUUAGCUAUUGCCCCGAGAUUAAAUUAAGUCACCUGGUCUCGGCCGCUGACCACUUCAGUAAGCUGACGAAACUCGUACUCGCCGACCCUAACACUGAAAUUCACGAUAACGCUAAUAUUUUGGUGGACAAGUUGCCUAAUUUGGAAUCCUUGCACUAUGUCCAGAGGGAUGUGAAUCAAGAAUUUACGAACCAUUAUAUUGGUAAUUUUUUUAAGUCAGUCUGUAGUCUAGGGAGGUUGAAACAUCUGUAUGUGCAUGGAUUUCUAAAUGACUAUGACUUGGAAACUAUAACCCGAUGCUGUAAGGAGCUGCAUUCAUUGGAGCUAGAAGAAUGCGAAGAUGUUACACCAGCCGGCUUAUGGAGCGCCUGCCAGAAUGCCGGGGCGCGUCUGACCACACUCAGCCUGGACGGUUGCAGCGAGCUGACCGACGACGCCAUAGUGGCGUGUAUCCGUUCAUGUCCUAACCUCACGUCGCUGAGCGUGCGUUACAUCGGGGGGCUAACGCUGAAAGUAGUUUCGCGCGCCGAGGCCGCACGGGCCGAGGUACACGCGCCGGUCCCACUUCGGCUCUUCGUACAUGGCACCAAGCUGAUGAGGAAGCGGUACACUUUGAACUACCCUGACAGGGUAAGUUAG